UUCAUUUGGUCUACUUCUAAAAGACGGAAAGGAGUUUUUGCCUCAGCGCUGAUGCUUUUCACCAGCUGCGAUUUGAAGAACUUAAACUUGUAAUUCAAAGCUCUUAGAAAAUGGCUCCAGGGGUGUCCAGUUGUCAUUAUCGGGAUGUUCCUCCUUCCAUCUCCUUCUCUGGAUCUGGAUUCAUGUCCACCUACCAGUUAGGGGUUGCCCAGUGCUUCCUACAAUAUGCACCUUGGAUCCUGAGCACAGCACCUUGUGUCCUGGGUGCAUCUGCUGGGUCUCUGGUGGCAGCUGCUGUGGUCUGUGAGAUGAGCAUGAUUACUAUUCGGGAUGAGAUACUGCAUUUUGCCAAACAGCUGAAGGCUUUCACACUUGGACCAUUUAACCCCUCGAUCAACGUUUUCCACUGGUUAGAGUGUCUUCUACACAAACAUCUUCCUUCCAAUGCACACCAGCUGGCAAACGGGCGUCUUUCUGUGUCUAUGACGCGCAUGAGUGAUGGCAAGCACAUUUUCAUGUCUGAGUUCCAGUCCAAGGAGGACGUAGUGCAGGCUUUGCUAUGCAGCUGCUUUGUGCCUAUGUACUGUGGAGUGCUGCCUCCAUCCUUCAGAGGAGUGUACUACCUGGACGGGGGUUUCAGCAGCAUGCAGCCAGUGCUGUCCGUACCCUACAGUCAAACCUUGACGGUGUCUCCAUUCUCUGGAGAGACAGACAUCUGUCCCGCCGACACACCUUGCAUGUGGGACAUGGUGGUGAGUGGCAGCACCUUGAAGGGGAAUAUGGCGAACAGCUUCAGGAUCAUUAAUGCUCUCUACCCCAUGGAUUUAAAGAUACUGGAACAAGCCUACCACAGCGGCUACAAAGAUGCUAUUCACUUCCUCCAGAGCAAUGAUCUUGUCCCAUAUUUGAUGAUACACAGAAUAUCCCAAGGGCCAGUUAACUGUCACCAAACUAAAUCGUUGAUGAAUCUGACGACCACCACAGAUGAAGAGAAGGAGAUGAAGGUGGAAGAGAAAACCGCACUGACGACUUUUAGAACCGACAGACGCAUGCAGACGAGAAGCUCUAUUGAGUACGAAUCGACUGGAAAUCGACCGGUUAAAGAUCCUCCUCUCCAUUUUGAUGUGGUUAAGAAUGUCAUGCUUGGAAACAUGGUGACCUAUCUGAACAUGUUUGGACUCCCUGCAAGACUCUUAUCCAACCUGCUCCUACCUCUCAUGCUGUUGUUUUACGUUGUACACCAGAGUAGGCACAGAAUGGAGUUGUUGUUCAGGCAGGUGCCCGAGUUGCUGUUCUGGGUUUGGCAUGGCCUGAGACAUUUUACAGUCUUCUUUUUCAACAUAUGUGUCUGCACCAUCAAGAAGAACAUAACCGACCGGAUUAUGCCCACCAUCACGCUGGUGCAGUGGCUGAUUAUAGUACUAUAUGAGGCUCCAUAAGGGCGGAUGCACUCUUCACCUCGAUAAAGGUUUCCCUCUUCUGCCCUUUAAGAAGAUUUCAAACGUGGGAGGCUACAGAAACAGCUCAGGGCUUCAUCACAAGAUGAGAGUUACACUGUAUUCUUUGUAUAGCUUUUCACCUGUAUUUUGGAAAGUUACAUUUAUGAGUGCAUGUUGCUAUUGAAUAGAGCAACGAAAAGUCUUGAAGGUUGAGUUUUGUUCAAUUUAAAGGAGGACUUUAUUUUAGCAAAUGGUUAAAAUAUUUCUAUUCUGUUUAAACUAUAUCACUGCAUCAGUAGAUUGCAGAGCUCGACUGAGGCCUGAUUGUGCAGUCAGCAUUGUGCUAGAUUUGUGGUAGAAUGUUACAGUACAUGAAGCUGACCAAACAGACGUCAAAUUAACAAGCAUCACUACUCUUAGACAGAAAAGUUCCAUCAGCAUAACUAAUGUUUAGUCAGACAGUUGCGUAGGGUAAAAAGUCAUGUGUAAAUAUUGUGUGAUCAAAGUUACGUACGUCAUGCU